CAAAUUUGGUUAUUUGGGGCCAACACCCCCCACCGAUGCUCUGAUACAAUAUAAAGCCUGUGGGAGAGAUAAACGAGGCUCAAUUGCUCAAACAAUUAUACUUAUAAAAAGCUCGGUUUUUACUGUAAAUUACUGGGUUUCAACAAUGGCGUCAUCUUCACCGCCGGUUCCGAGCAACACAGCCGCUGAUAACGCAACUCCGAACCGCGCAUCAGCUCCGAUCACCGCCGCUGUCUCGCCGGCGAUCAACUCGUCGCGAAAUCUUCGCGGCCUCAACAAACCUAAGUGCAUCAAGUGCGGAAAUGUCGCGCGCUCCAGGUGCCCAUAUCAGUCAUGUAAGAAUUGCUGCGCAAAAGCUCAAAACCCGUGCCAUAUACAUGUUUUGAAGGGCAGUACCAGCUUUCCAGACAAGGCACCAGCUACUGGCUCUCCUUCAUCCGAACAGCAGCCUAAUGAUGUAUCUCUCUCUGGGAAUCCUCAUAGGUUAAAUUCGGUUCGUCAACUUUCUAGCAAUUUCUCCCAAUUUAACAAUUUGCAGAACCCUAUUCGUUCAAGAAAGCCAUUGACUGUAAAGGAAGCUGGAGAAAUAAAUGAAUGGAGGUAUGAGAAGGUGCAGGAGUACAAAGACAUGAAUGUCGAAGUAGAAAAUGAAGCAUUUGAUCGAUAUAUGCGAAAUGUCAGUUUACUGGAGGAAGUGUUUAACGUGAAAUCCACACCUGAUGGGCCUGUAAAUGAUGGGGGAUCACCAAUAUCAGAUGGGAAUGCUACUUCUGCAGAAGAUGAAAGGCAAAUGGAAAUAGCAAAGAUAAAGUCGAUACUUAGAUCUGAUCCAACUAGAGCUGAAAACUUCAGAAACAGAAUGCAAUGCGCUGUUGAUGAGGUUUUAAAGAAACUGCAGAAAGCUGAGGCACAUGAUGCUGGUACCGGAAGCAGCGAGCAAGAAGAAUAUGUUGGAAGUCCAGGAAAGAAGAAUUUAAGUUGGAAUGAGGCGGUGGCUGCCCUUAUUGACAAAAUCAAUAAAGCUCAGAGUGUGGAAGAUCUGGUAGUCUGUAUGGAGAUGAAAGAUGAGCUUUUUAAUCAGCAUGCUAAGAGUACUCAUGCAGAAUCAGAAAGUGUUCCAAUUCCAAUGGCUCUCCAGACUGAUGAUCUGACAGUGGGUAUGGAGAUGGAAGAUCAGCUUUUUCAUCAGCAUACUGAGAGUAUUCAAGCAGCAUCAGAAAGUGUUGCAAUUCCGACGGUGCUCCAGACUGAUGAGGUCAAACCUCAGAUCCCCGAUCCUCCAAUCAAGUUUGCUACCACAAAACCUGUUGAUCCUGAAGAGUUUAAGCAGAUUAGUGCAUACUUCGAUUCCCUCGAGGAUAUCGAAGAGCUCUAGUCUAUUGAUCAUUUCUCGGUACCAAAAACUUGAAUGUUUCAUUUGGCAAAUUGACUUGCUAGUAAACCAUUUUAUGCAACAGUUUUAGUACCUAGGCAAUCAUAAAAUUGUGAACACCGGUCUUCACAUGUGUGUUCUUAAGUUAGAAUAAGAUGAUAAUUGAAAGUUUGGAUGUUAAAAGUUCUUGUUUACCGUAA